CAGCGAUAUCCAUCAAGUAGUCCGAUUCAUUGCAACAUACCAAAAUGAGUGCCCCUCCACCAUACUCACCACCAGGUUCUACUGGAAAUGAUGGAGAGACACGAGACAUUCGUGCCCUGACUGACCCAGUCCGCGACACCUCGUCCGCAACCUCCACCGCAUCUUCAGCAUCUUCAGCAUCUACCAUCCUCCCCCCCUAUCCCCCAAGCAGAGACCGCGCAGCUCCAAGCCGCAGCGAUGAACCUAGAUCCGUUCCGCCCAUCGCUGGCGCUCUCCAGCGUCUCCGAAACCCCGGUGACUCCGGAACAUCCAACGCUACCUCAUCCGGCACCCGCGAACGUCUCCGCCAGAUGGAGAUCGAACGCGAUGAUCUUCGCCGUGCAAUGCAGCAGGAGCGCACUAUAAACGAUCGUCUCAAGCGCGAGGCAGGUCUUACAGGCCUUUCCGCCGCAGAAGCCAGACUUCGUGUUCUCGAACUCAAACGGGAAGCUCAAGCUGCAGCCCAAAUGAAAAGAACUCCCAACGAGGGAAUGUUCAAGGCAGCUUGUGCCACGGACCUUCUCUUUCUCAUGGAUACUACCUCUUCCAUGGGUCCGUUCAUUGCAGCUGCUAAGGAGCAGGUCAAGAAGAUUAUGCAGGAUAUUACCGAGACGUUCUAUAAUGAGGCGGAGGUGAGGAUUGCGGUGGUCAGUUAUAAAGACCACUGUGAUAAGAAUCAUAUUCAGUUCAUCGACUUCACUACUGAUGUGGAGAAAGUGAGGGGCUUCAUUGAUAAGUUGAAAGCUCGGGGUGGCGGUGAUGCACCUGAAGAUGUCCUUGGUGGUAUCCAACAGGCCAUCAAUGCUUCUUGGAAGAAUCAGACCAGAUGCAUCAUUCACAUCGCUGAUGCCCCGCCUCACGGGAAUAUCUUUCACAGCUGGGCUGAGAAGAGCGAUGACUACUACACUCCUGGAAGUGAACCGCACAAGCUUCAGUAUCAGCCUCUUCUGAAGCAGAUGAUCGGUCUGAAUCUCAACUACGCUCUUCUCCGUAUCUUGAGUGCGACUGACAAGAUGGCAUACGUGUUCCUCCAGGAAUACGCUGCUGCGUCAGCAGACUGUAAGCUUUUGAAGUCGAACCCGCAUUACCGGGAAGCUUUGAAAGCAAACUCCGGGCCGAGGAGUAGUGUUCUUGGUGCGAGUUCCAAGGGUACUGCGAAGGGUGGUCUGCUCUUUGAAGAAGCUGAGCUGGGCACUACGUACAGUGCCCUUCGUCACCUCGUAGUCAAGAGCGUUACAAGCUCUGCUUCACGCACCGCUGUUCGAAUGUCAGAGUCUUCUUCUCGAACUGGCGAAAAGGGAACCAAGACUGCUCAAAUGUCUCAUCUUGACGCCAUCGGCGAAGCGGAAGAUGACGAGUUCAACGAAAAGCAGAGCGAAGCAAUUCUUGAAGACGUUGAGAAGAAGUGGUCUGACCAGAGCUGGUUUGAAGAUAAGCUCGUUGUCGAAGGCUUCAGUCCGGAUACUGUGAUUCAUCGCUCUGGUACACUUAAUGACAUGAUGGCUCACGAUGAUAACAUUAAGUUGAGUGUCAUGGAGCUCAACGUUCACAAACGUCGCAUGCCCUUCGCUCAAGGCGCUCUGCGUCUUGCAUACUGCGCCAAGACGACGCAUUCCACAAACCCCUACGUCGUCAAGUCGUUUAAGCGUGGUGGAAAGCGGCUUGCGCAUUUGGCCGAGGACAUGCGCUGCCAAGCUCUCUGCAAGGCAUUUGCUUUAGAGUUCAACGCUUUGACAGACGAUAAGCAUUCGAUCGACUUUAUCGUCACAUCAUGCCUGAAGGGAAAAUCUGGCGAUUCCGGUACCGAUUACAUCUCCCUUGAACCCUUUAUUGAGGGUGACUAUGUCAAGUACAACAAUAACUGCAGCUAUGUUAACGAGGACAACCCAGACGAUGAAUUCAACAAAGCAGCACAGGCCUUCUCACACUUCACCUACGAACGAUCAUGGGGAAGCUUUCUGGUCUGCGACCUCCAAGGCGUAGGCCACGUCCUCACAGACCCAGCUAUUCACACCCUCGAUCCAGAACGCUUCAAACUCGCAGACACAAACCUCGGACGAGAAGGCUUCAAAUUCUUUUUCGCAACCCAUGUCUGCAACGAAAUCUGCACUCAGCUCGAGCUUAAGAGCAAAGCAUCAAUGAUAUCAUCCGAAAAGGCUUCUUUCCGCGAAUGGUGGCCUACCAUCGACUCAACAGCAUGCUGCUCCAACAAGCUCUGUGGAAGGAUCAUUCAAGUCACAAACGCAAAUAAGUCAGAGGAGUUUCCGGGCUGUAAUUGGUGUGAUACUUGCUGGCCGCAGCUGGAAGCUACGAAGGAGAAAGUUAUUUGCGUGGCGCCGGGGACGCAUCAUGAGUUUGAUGUGUCGAGGUUUUAUUGGGAGAGUCAGGGGCGGGUGGCGCCGAGGAAGUGUGAAGGGCAUAGGGAGAGGGAUGAAACUGUUGCAAGGACGGCGGUUAUGGGAGGGAAUUUCUUUGGGAGGCUCAGGGGCGCUACGAAGAAGAAAUCUAUUUCGGGCAAAGCUUGGUGA